AUCAUUAGUAAUUAUCGAGUGGAAUGGACGGACUGGGAUGGUAACACUGACUCUAAAGUCACAGACGGGAGCACGUAUUCUUAUCAAAUAAUGUUAAACUCGUGUGGCGGGGAGGUAGAUGUGAUAGUGAGUGCGAAGACUUCUGAUGUUGAAGGAUUUGGAGAGAUCCCAGCCAGGAAGGGCUUUCCUCGUGAACUCAAUCUCGCACUUGUCAUGUAAUGCCAUUGCGCCAGACGAGGUAGCACUGAGCUGGGAGCUCCAGAAUUCGAAAUGUUCGGUCGACUAUUACAACGUUACGUGGAGCUUCAAUUCGCUUUGGUCUGAUGACAAAGGCUCGGGCUUUCUCUCUGUUAACGGGAAUGAUUUAUCCACCACUGUGGGAAAUCUGAUCCCUUACUCUGAGAUCUCGGUGGCGGUCCACAUCAGUAACUCUCCGCUGGCAACCGUUUGCAACACCAUAACACAGGAGGAAAAUGCGGGGCCACCGGUGCUCGUGUCCGUGGUGGUGGAGGACCAGGGUGAGGUGCGAGUCACGUGGGAACCUCCUGUCGAGAAGAAUGGACAAAUUAUUGAGUACGGAAUAUUUGUAGAUAGUUCAACUAACUUUGUGAAGAAUGUGAGCGGGGAGGUGCACACCACGACCGUCAUUGUGGAGCCGUGCGUCAGUGUCUCCCUCUCUGUGGCGGCUCGUAACCACGCUGACAAGGAUGACGGGUGGGGGCAGCGGUCUGAGGAAAAGGAGGUGAUUCCCCCUGGCGAUGUGUUGCCAGAUUCUGUAGAAUGCUACAAUUCCGCGCGUGAUGUGCAGGCGUGUUGGCUUCCUUACAACAAAUACUGUCCAGUGUCGCAGUACAACCUCCAGUGGGAAGGAAAGGUGCUCUGGUCACCUGGCACCACAGACUCAAACAGCACGACGCUAGAUUGGAGCCCAGAGGAGUUUUGCUACAACAUUUCUUCGAUUCCCUACACAAAUUAUAGAGUCAGUCUCAGUGUGGGCACGAAUACGCACGUAUCUGUAACCUGCUCCUCCACAAGUCCCAUGGCAGCUCCUGGACCGCCGACGCUGGAGGAGAUUCAGGCAGAGAACCUGACAAUCAACGUCACCUGGAAAGAACCUCAACAGAAGAAUGGAAUCAUUAGUAAUUAUCGAGUGGAAUGGACGGACUGGGAUGGUAACACUGACUCUAAAGUCACAGACGGGAGCACGUAUUCUUAUCAAAUAAUGUUAAACUCGUGUGGCGGGGAGGUAGAUGUGAUAGUGAGUGCGAAGACUUCUGAUGUUGAAGGAUUUGGAGAGAGAUCCCAGCCAGGAAGGGCUUUCCUCGUGAACUCAAUCUCGCACUUGUCAUGUAAUGCCAUUGCGCCAGACGAGGUAGCACUGAGCUGGGAGCUCCAGAAUUCGAAAUGUUCGGUCGACUAUUACAACGUUACGUGGAGCUUCAAUUCGCUUUGGUCUGAUGACAAAGGCUCGGGCUUUCUCUCUGUUAACGGAAUGAUUUAUCCACCACUGUGGGAAAUCUGAUCCCUUACUCUGAGAUCUCGGUGGCGGUCCACAUCAGUAACUCUCCGCUGGCAACCGUUUGCAACACCAUAACACAGGAGGAAAAUGCGGGGCCACCGGUGCUCGUGUCCGUGGUGGUGGAGGACCAGGGUGAGGUGCGAGUCACGUGGGAGCCUCCUGUCGAGAAGAAUGGACAAAUUAUUGAGUACGGAAUAUUUGUAGAUAGUUCAACUAACUUUGUGAA